AUGCUUGCUGCCUGCACCGAGGUAUCAGACAGAAAAUACCACGGCAGCGGCGCACCCCUGGGCCGCACCUCCGAGACCGCCACAGACCGGGAAGGGCCCGUCCCUCCGCGACCACCGCCCGAGCCCUCUGGCCCCAGCGGCUCCCGCCCUCGGGGCGGGAAGACCCGGGUCCGCCGGCAAACACCGCCCGGGGGGGUUGGAAAGACUACUUUAAUCCAGAAAGUCACUCAAGCUCUAAAAUCCUCGGGCAUUCCCAUUGAUGGAUUUUACACCGAGGAAGUUAGAGAAGGUGGCAGGAGAACAGGAUUUGACGUUGUCACUUUGUCUGGAAAACGAGGACCUUUAUCUAGAGUCAGUUCUGAUUCUUCUACUUCAAGACGUGAAUAUCGAGUUGGACAGUAUGUUGUAGACCUUGUUUCAUUUGAGCAGUUGGUUCUACCUAUGCUGAGAAAUGUAAACCAUGGCAGUGAUGCAGAGAAAAAAGUUUGCGUCAUAGAUGAGAUUGGUAAAAUGGAACUCUUCAGCCAGGCUUUUAUUCAAGCUGUUCGUCAGACGCUGACUGGCUCAGGAACUGUGGUACUUGGAACUAUUCCUGUACCUAAGGGAAAGCCACUGGAUCUUGUUGAAGAAAUAAGAAGUAGGAAAGAUGUUAAAGUGUUCAAUGUUAGUAAGGAAAACAGAAACAGCAUUUUGCAAGACGUCUUGGCAGCUGUGGAAUCUUGCAGAAAAUGA